AUGAGUAGCUGUACCGCCUCCUCAUGCUGCUGCCAGGCCCGUAAUCUGUCAUGGGCCCCUGUACCGCCUCCUCAUGCUGCUGCCAGGCCCGUAAUCUGUCAUGGGCCCCUGUACCGCCUCCUCAUGCUGCUGCCAGGUCCAGAGUGUGUCAUGGGUCCCUGUACGGCCUCCCAUUGCUGCUGUCUCCAUCGCCACACUCUGCCAUGUGCCACUUUCAGGUCUCCUCACACUGCUGGUGGGUUCCAUUUUGUCAUAGGGUGCUGUAUGGCCUCCCAUUGCUGCUGCCUCCACCGCCACACUGUGGCUCCACACUCUGGUUUUGGCCCCGUGACUGCCCAAAUGAGUGAAGUGUGCGGUGAUUCUAAGAUCGACGGCACUCAUCUGCAUGUCAUACUGACUGACAGUAUUAGUUCUCUUCCCCAGCAGACUCCAAGGGCAUUUAAAUUAAAGGUACAGUGUUCUGCACUAAUAUAA